UCUUUAUUGGUUAACGUAAUUAGUCAGCACUGGAUUGCCAGCCCAGAACGCAACAGGCAUUGUAGUUUAUAUUUAUAUUAACACGCACGCACAGUUAUAUUGUUUUGCAAUUCUGUGUUUAAAGUAGUUUUUAACAAUGUCGUAACUGAGAGUUGUUUAAAAUUCUGGUUGCGGAAAUGCAAGAGACUGGGAGGACAGGGAAAUAAACGCGACAGCUCUUCCUAACAAAAAGAGAAAAAAAUCACGAAUUAUCCACAGUUCCAGAACACCGGUGGCUUAACACGACAAACAAUUUUGCGGAAGAUAAGGGAUAUUCUGGUGGACUGGAGAGGCGUUGCUGAGAUAUAUCCUCAUAGGGUCCAACUCCCCAGAGUCCUUCUCACAGUUCUAGUUAUGGCGACAUCUGCUGGAGAGAGCAGCAUUUUAGAGGAAGAGUUGACCUGUCCAGUGUGCUUGGACGUAUACCGCGAUCCCCACCUGCUGCCCUGCGGUCAUAACUUCUGUCUGCCAUGCCUGCGGAGGCUCAAGAACCGCUCAGAUCACGGCCGCUUGCGAUGUCCGGAGUGCCGACAGAGUCACCGCAGCUCUGCCAACUGGCAGAAGAACUUCAAACUGGCCAACAUUGCUGAUGGUUUCCGCCGUCGUUGCCAGUCAGUUCACUCCAACCAGAUCCGGGGUGAACCGUUUCACGGACCUGCUGAGGAGGUACACUGUGAUUACUGUCCAGUGGAUGGCAGUGGAGAUGGGAAAGGUCCCAUGGCGGUUAAAACCUGCCUGAAGUGUGAAGUGUCCAUGUGCGCAAAGCAUGUUCAGCCUCAUUUGGAGCUCCCGGCUUUCCGAGAGCACCCGCUGGUGGAGCCGCUUAAUGACAUGAAGAAGAGGAAGUGUUUGGAACAUGAUGAGAUGUUUCGGUACUAUUGCAUGGAUGAGCGCUUGUUCCUCUGUAAUGCCUGCACCAUAGAAGGAACGCACAAUGGACACUGCAUCAAAACGCUGAAGAACACCAUGAAAGAUUUCAAGAUUUAUCUUGACAUUCAGCUGCACAAGGCGAACAGGAAGAUCCUAAAGGCAGAGAAAAAUCGACUUGAACAAAAAGAGAUUGAACGGAUUAACAAGGUCUACCGGGAUGACACAGAACAGCACCUAGAUGCUUUCCGAGUGACUUCUAUUGCACAUCUGGAUGCUUUUCUAUCAUCGCUGCGUGAAUGUGUCAGCACCUAUGAUGUUGAGAUUUGUUCUGGAAUCCAGCAGAACCUGAGUCGAAUAGCUGAAGAUCAGACUCGUCUACAAGAGGUUCACUCAGGCUUUGAGAGGCUUCUACAGGAGAAUGACUCUUUCCAAUUCAUUAAGGAUUACAAUUUAUCCAUGAAAAGGUACCAGAGACAGUUAAAAAAACCUCUGUUUUUCCCUGAUGAGCCAACAGUCGACACUGAGCCACUGUAUGAAACAAUGGAAGGAAAGAUGGAGGAGUUCAUUGCUGAAUUGCGUCAGCAUGGCAGCACAUUCAUCAGCACACUUUGUAUAUGUGAAGGGGAAGAUGGUGAGGAGGUGGAUGAUGAUGAUGAAUAUGAAGAAAGUUUUGAUGAUGAUGAUGAUGAAAGUGAUGCAGAAGGUGAGGAGAUGAGGAGUGAGGAGGAGGAAGAGCCACUUUCCACUGAGUCUGAAGAUGAAGAAUAUACCCCAGAAGAGGAAGAAGAUGGUGAAAAUGACUAGAAGAACGGCUGGAUGAAGAGUUUGUGUAGCAAAUGAGCCACCAUUUCACCUGAAAGUGAUGAUGCAGUGAAUUGGCAUUUGAAGAGUGUGUGGACACAUGUAUUGAGAGUCAGUAUUCAUUCCUGUAAUAAGAUGUUUUGCUGAAAUGUUUCUGUUAUUUAAAUUGAAUAUAAGAUUUUUCA